AUGAUCCAGGAAAAGAUGUACACGAGGCAAGUGAUAGCCAAUAGACUUCAAGGCCUCAUCCUCCCAAGUGUGUUACAUGAGUUAAGCAUGAAGAAUCGAGGGCUGCAGUAUGAACUCCAGAAAAGUGGUCCCAUGUCAGGUGAAAUAUCAGGAACAACAAAAGAAGGGAAGACAUGGAGGUAUGCUGUUGACCUUGAGAAAAGAGAAUGUGGUUGUGGACAAUGGGAGGUGUCCGGAAAACCAUGCCCUCAUGGUAUAUACUUGGUUGGCAAAGUUAGGCAACUAAAGAAUGAGGACUUUGUGCAUGACUACUAUUCCGUAGAGAGAUUCAAGAUGGCCUAUCAGUUUCAGAUCGCUCCAAUGAAUGGCAGGUCAGAAUGGCCAAAGGUUGAUGUUGGUUUUGAAAUGAUUCCUCCACCUCUACAAAGGGCUGCUGGCAGACCACGAAAACAGAGAAUUAAGGCGAGUGGGGAGCUGGGGAAAAGAGGACCAUAUCAAUGCAAAAGAUGCUUUCAGUUUGGGCAUAUAGAAAAGGGUUGUACUGCUACUCAAGCUGAACUAGAACAAGAGCUUCCACCACCUCGUCCAAAGAAAGGGAAAAAAGCAAAGAAAAGCAUAUCAGAGGAUGUUCAGGCCUCCAAAACAUCUGUUGAACCCACUGUGUUGCCGCAUUCAAGCCCAGGUGUAGCAACUCGACCAGCGGCUCCUCUUUCUCCAGCCAGCCCUGGUGUAACAACUAGAAGGAUGGCUUCUCUCUCUCCAACUAGCCCAGGUGUUACAACUAGAAGGAUGGCUGCAAUCUCAUCAGGAGGUAUCAAUCGCCGGAUCAUCAUUGAGUAGAUCAAUUAGCUGCCCAGAGGGAUAAUUCACUUUUGUAUUGCUGCAUGUGCAAAGAUGCUACUUUGCUGUGAACAAUAUUAUGUACUGAAGUUCAGCUCUAUAUUGCUGAAAGUCUUCUUUAUAUGCUCAAGAUGAUGUGAUAUCUCCCUUUUGUUA